GGGCUCGGGCGCUGCGGAAGCGGCGAAAGUGCGGGCGGAGAACGCGGGACUGCUUUACCGGGUCCGGCUUCACCCGGGCCCGGCUUCACCCGGACACGCUUCACCCUGGCCCGGCUUUACUGGGAACGGCUUCAUCGGGACCGGCUUUACCGGGCCCGGCUUCACCCCGACCGGCUUUACCGGGAACGGCUUCAUCCGGACCCGCCUCGCUCCGGCCCGGCUUUACCGGGACCGGCCUCACCCCAGCCUCGCUUCACCCAGGCCCGGCUUCAUCCGGACCGCCUUCACCGGGACCCGCUUCACCGGGUCCGGCUUCAUCCGGCCUCGCUUUACCGGACCCGGCUUCACCCCGGCCUCACUUCACCCCGGCCCCGUUUUGCCCCGGCUUUACCCCGGCCCCGCUUCACCCCGUCCCGCCCUCACGGCCCGGCCGGGCCCCGCCGCUCGGGCCCCGCAGCGCCAUCCGUGCCCCCGCUCCCGGUAAGCUCCCUCUCCUGAGCACAACCCCUGAUUAAUUCACGCUUUUCCCAUCCCGCGGGGUUCUGCUGCUGUAAAAAGGCACCCCGGGGGAUGCGGCUGCUGGUUGUACUCACCAGGCAGCACAAUGUUCUGCAGGAUUAUGUUUUUACGUAUCUGUGCCAUUUGGACCAUAGAGGAUGUGGCAAAGUAUGUUCUGCAGAGCAGUAAGAUUAUUCACGAUGUGAAUAUUCAGUGGAGUAUUUGAUGUUUUAGACAUCUCCCUUCAAAACGUACAAAGCGUCUUGUUGGAAUGCAGCAGGAUGUAAAAUGCUGGAGCUUCCUCAAGCCUGUGCCUGUCCUUGGCUUCCCAGGAGUUCUGAGACCCGUUUUACAAAGCUACCUCAAGUACACGUAUUGUGUUUUCAGAGGAGGAAAGAAGAAUGUCCCAAAAACAGCUGAAAGAAGCCUUUAUCAGCAACCUGAACGGAACGAGUUUGCUGGAAAUUACCGCAGGCUUGUCCCUGCCUCCGCUGUGCCUGCUCUGCAGAGGGCUCCUCCUGAUCCUGUACUACCUGCACCACGGAAAACCCGUAAGCUCAAGGACAUACAGCCUGCUGCUGGACUUCUUGGUGCUGGUGUCUCCUCUCCUGUUCUCCUGCACCAUCUUGUCUCCAAUCCUCUUUUUCAUACCAGCUAUCCUUGCUGCCUUCUGUGCCGGAAUAUUUUCCAAAAUAUACAGCCAGACAAGACGGGAGGCCAGAGCGCCCUUUGGGCAAAUUGUAAAAGAAUUCCAGAAGGCCUGCUUGGACCCCGAGUGCAUUCCAGCAAUAACUGUGUUCCGUGUUUAUGUCAACGUGCUGACAUCCAUCAGCAUUCUGGCCGUGGAUUUCCCGCAGUAUCCCCGGCGAUUCGCCAAGGCCGAGACCUACGGCACCGGAGCCAUGGAUUUCGGGGUGGGAGCCUUCAUCUUUGGAAAUGCUCUCGUUUGCCCUGAGGUUCGGCAGAAGGCUCACGGGACACAGCCCAGGUUCUCCAGCCUGGCCAGGCAGGUGUUUUCCGUGUGGCCGCUGGUUUCCCUCGGCGCUGGGCGGCUGCUGAGCGUCAAAUCCAUCGAGUACCACGAGCACACCUCGGAGUACGGCGUGCACUGGAACUUCUUCUUCACCUUGGCGCUGGUGAGGCUCGCAGCCUCUCUGCUUUUAGCCGUAUUCCCCAAGCACAAGGCUUGGCUCGUGGCUCUGGCUGUGGCUGUGCCUUACCAGCUCCUCCUCAGCACUACCUCUCUGAAGGCGUUCAUCCUGCACGGCAGCGACGGCCGGGGCUCCCGGCUCGGCUUCCUCGAUGCCAACCGGGAAGGGCUGUUCUCCCUCUUUGGCUACCUGGCCAUCUACCUGGCGAGCGUGCAGGUGGGGCUGUGGCUGCUGCAGCGCAGGAGCUCGGUGAGGGGCUGGCUGGAAGCCCUCGGGGGGCUGGCCCUGGCCGUCGUGGUGCUCUCGGUGUUGCUGCAGCUGUGCCAGGCGUGCACGGAGCCCGUGUCCCGCCGCGUGGCCAACCUGCCCUUCUGCACCUGGGUGCUCGCCCACUGCCUGCUGCUGCUGGGCUUCUUUGUGCUCGCUGACCUCGCCCUGCUGUUCACAAAGCUGCUGGUCAAGGGGUCCAGCGUGCCCUGCUGCUGGAAGGUUGUGCAGCCCCCUGAUUCCGGGAAAAAGCACGGAAUGGAGGCCGAGCCAGUGGGGAGGCAAGACAAGCUGUCACAGCUGUGCCUGAUUAGUGCUAUUAACAAAAAUCAAUUACUGUUCUUCUUGCUAGCGAAUGUUAUGACUGGUGCUGUGAACAUCCUGAUAGACACAAUCCACAGCAGGGCUGCCUUUGCGUUAUGCGUACUGCACUUGUACAUGUUUUUAAACUGUUUAAUUAUGUAUGUAUUGCAUGCCAGAAAUAUAGUAUUAAAGUUUUGGUGAUUCCACUUUGGCUGAGUGGACUAGCUGGA